AUGGCUGAAGAAAUAACUCCUCUUGUUGUGGACAAUGGUUCGGGUAUGUGCAAGGCUGGCUUCGCUGGCGAUGACUCCCCUCGCGCUGUUUUCCCUUCUCUCGUCGGUCGUCCACGUCAGCAGAGCAUCAUGGUUGGCAUGGGCAACAAAGACAGCUACGUAGGUGAUGAGGCUCAAUCGAAAAGAGGCAUCCUUACUCUCAAAUACCCCAUUGAACACGGCAUCGUGACCAAUUGGGAUGACAUGGAGAAGAUCUGGCAUCACACCUUCUACAACGAACUACGUGUGGCGCCUGAGGAGCAUCCAGUCCUCCUCACUGAGGCUCCACUCAAUCCAAAAGCCAAUCGUGAGAAGAUGACACAAAUCAUGUUUGAGACUUUCAACUGUCCGGCGAUGUAUGUAGCUAUCCAGGCAGUGCUCUCGCUCUACGCUUCCGGUCGUACUACGGGCAUUGUGCUCGACUCGGGCGACGGAGUGAGCCACACUGUACCCAUCUACGAGGGUUACGCUCUACCGCACGCAAUUCUGCGGCUUGAUUUGGCUGGUCGCGAUCUCACCGACUGGCUAACAAAGCUACUGACAGAGCGUGGCUAUGCCUUCACCACUACAGCGGAGCGUGAAAUCGUGCGAGACAUCAAGGAGAAGUUGUGCUAUGUGGCACUCGACUUUGAGAACGAAAUGGCUACCGCUGCCACUAGCUCCUCUCUGGAGAAGACUUAUGAACUGCCCGACGGUCAAGUAAUCACAGUUGGCAACGAACGUUUCCGUUGUCCUGAAGCCCUCUAUCAACCCAGUUUCCUCGGUCUGGAGUGCAAUGGUAUCCACGAGACUACCUACAACUCCAUCAUGAAGUGCGAUCUCGACAUCAGGAAGGACCUCUAUUCAAACGUGGUCUUGUCUGGUGGAUCCACCAUGUACCCUGGUAUUGCUGACCGUAUGAACAAGGACCUCACUGCCCUCGCGCCAACCACCAUGAAGAUCAAGAUCAUUGCUCCACCGGAACGCAAAUACUCUGUCUGGAUUGGUGGUUCCAUCCUGGCCUCAUUGUCCACUUUCCAACAGAUGUGGAUCACCAAACAGGAGUACGACGAGUCCGGACCCAGCAUUGUUCAUCGCAAAUGCUUCUAA